AUGCGGCGGAACACAGCCCGUUUGACGCCCACCAAGGCGCCUUCCCCAUCCACGGGGCCUCCGUCGCAUAGCCGCACCCCUUCGCGGACAGAGUCUUUGCUGCAUUUCUCGACAAUAUCAGAAGACUCGCCGCCCAAGGGGCCCGAUGCUUCGACAGAAACUGCCAGCAACCCGCAGAGCAAUGCGCGAAGAUUGGAGGAGCUGAAGAGGCAAAUGGAACAGACAUUGGUUAACCAACAGGUGCAACACCAACAGCACCAUGACAGGGCAGCCAAAGCAGGAGCAGAACACAGCCCUCAACCGGUGCAAGCCACUUCCCCCGGGGACAACGCUCCCCGUGCUACGAAUAAUUCAAAACCUUCGUCACCAUCGGAUGCUUCCUCCCAUGCAACUUCCCACAUUGGAUCCAGCGGGUCGAAUUCAACCAUCAAGGGACCCGGCUUCGGUAACAUGUCCCCGGGUAUCAGUCUUCCAAAGACGCCAUCGUACCCAUUUCCAGUGAUGCCGCCGCCCCCUGGGCAAGUGGCACCAGAAGCACAUAUUUCGUCAGAUACCGUCCACACUACUAAUUCUCGAGAUGCCGAUAAGUCUAAACGUGCUUCAUCAAAGGCUCCGGGCACCAUUGAUAUGACCUCAUCGCUAAGAGCGAAAACCGAACACCAAAACACCUUCUAUCUACCCGAAGGCUCUGCCAUCCCAGAAGAUCAUUCGUCUCCGACUCCCAAUAUUUAUGAUUUGAUUUUGAAACUGAACUCCGAGCCGGGGUUGGAAUCAUGGUGGGCCAACGUGGUCGAUGUUUUGCAAACGCACUACGGGAUUGAACGAGCAUCCUUAGCUGUCCCUGGCGACUCAACCGAUUUAGAGAACCUUCCAUGGGUCCAAAAGGCGACAUUCAAUCCUGAAGAAUUGUGUUUUGCUUCCGAGCUCGCACCGUCGUCAGACGCCGUGACUGCUUUCAACGAAGGUGCCACGCAGGAAGGUAGUGCCCCAUCGAAAAAGGAGGACUUUGGGAGCACGCCAACCCAAAAGACCUCGAAGCGUUUCUCAUCAUCCAAACGACCUUCGUUACUAUCACGACAUUCGUUUGCCGGCUUUUCUAGAGAUAGGAAGACCACCGGUACACCGCUCACCACGACCGGAAAAUCAUCGUUUGAUAUCUCUUCUGUGGUGCCUGCUGACGAUAAACCCGCGAAUAGCAAUGCCGAGUCACCAUCUUUAUCAACUGUGUUACAUGCAGAAGAGAACGCUUUGAAGCUAGGCCUAUAUCCAUCAGUACUACCUGUCCCCGCGGGCUCAUCCUCAAUGGCCGUCUUUACUGCCCCGCGGGUUCUUGAAGCAGAGGAUCAGCCUUUGGUGAAACAAUCAGGCAUUGCGAAGCUUUUUGGCCGCACGAAGCCCGCAGUUCUAACUCGCGAAUAUGCGUACGAAUCGACAGUACCAUCUUACGAAACCGAUGUGACGAUCACGACCAUCGUCAAAAGCCCAAACGAUAUAGUACAGACGACUCCGGCAAGUGAGCCAUCCCGUUUUCAAAGCCCUGAAAUCGCCAAGGAAGGCGCAGAACCUGUCGUUCCACCGACUCAACACAGCAGGUCUAAGUCAUCGACGUUAAAUCCUCACGCGCCCCAGAACAAAAAAGACAAUCAUAAUAACCAUGCCAGUCCUUUGUACGACGAAUAUGAACAAGCUCCGAGCUCACCGUGGUCGCAAUCUCCUGCCCCGUCGCCUGCACCACGAAUACAUCCAGAAAAAAACCCUUUCUUCACAAACCACGCUGUCGAUGAAACGGCUUUUGCGAUGGACCCCCCGUCUCAUGACUAUGCUCAACUUGAACCCGUUGCUGCGAUUGGUGUCGACAGGUCAAAGAGCGUUGUCCAUGUUCCUUUAUUACAUUCCACCAACACAAAAUUAUCUACAUCGGACAUGAUUCGGUUUCCCGUGGCUAUACUUUCCUUCCUUUCCCCAGUUGUACCAUAUCCUGCAAAUCUAAGGUCCUCACUAAUGCACCUGAUCCCCCAUCUCACCUCAUCAUAUUCGUUGGCCCAUCAAUACAGUCAGCUGGAAAGACAACUCGCACCCGGCGUUUAUAAGCCACGUUUUGGAAAUAUUCUCGGACUAGGCGGCACUUUCUCAGAUGCGAGUAGUGAGCUUGAGCUUGUUGCUGGCCUCAGUGGUCAAGCAAUGACAGACGGGGGGUCUGUUUCAGCUCGUGCGAGCAUAUCUAGCCCGGACGAAGGCUCCAACAAUCCAAAAUACAGCCCCUCUCUGUCGGUCCUGGGAACACCUGGAGUGGACAUGGUUCACAUUGGCCCUGCUAGCGAACCUAGCGCAACGCCAGCAAUGGGGCAUAAUGUCGAUCACGCUGACGGGUAUUUCAACCUUCAUCAAGUACGAAGCUCGGCUGGUUCUUCUGCUACUAGAACCCGUGGGUCAAAAUCGAAACCUGGCUUUUUCCCGUCGAUGCCAGUGUCCCCAGGUGUCUCGCGCUCAAAGUCAGUUCGCGAAGAGGAUUUGCCACGAGAGUUAUCACAGGCAGCCGAUCAAAUCCACGAUAGCGGACGGCCCCCUCCGGCCUCUAUGCCAACCCGAGCAUCGUCUCGAAAUACUUCCACUACAUCUGUGAUUGCCCAUUUACAACGUGAAGGCGUCUCAAUUUCCGAACAUAUCUUCCAAUUAAUGUUGAACUCCGUUCCUUUGCAUCUCUUUUUGGCCAAGGCUCCUUCCGGUGAAGUUAUAUGGACCAAUUCUAAAUUUGACGCGUACCGCCGAAGCCAGCCACAGGACCAGUCCAUCAGGGAUCCUUGGCAGAACAUACAUCCUAAUGAGGUGGAAUCUAUAUCCAAGCAAUGGUCCAGGGCUCUUCAAACAGGCGCCCAGUUUACUGAGAGAGUAAGAGUGAAGCGUUUUAAUGAUGAAAAUGCGUACCGGUGGUUUAUCUUUCGCGCGAACCCAUUACUUUCACAAACCGGGCAAGUCAUCUCUUGGAUCGGCUCUUUUCUUGACAUACAUGAGCAACAUGUGUCGGAGUUGCGAGCCGCUCAAGAACGCGAAAUAUUUGCUACUAAUGUGAAGUACCGGGCCCUCGCUAAUUCCAUCCCACAAAUCGUCUUCGAAGCAACCGAGCUUCGUGGCUUAAUAUCUGCAAAUGAGCAAUGGCAUCUGUACACUGGUCAACAUAUUGAGGAGGCAAUGAACUUCGGUUUCACCUCAUACGUCCAUCCGGAUGAUUUACGGAAAUGUGGUGCGUUAUCUUCAGAGAUUAGUGGGACGAAAACAACGGUUGCGGAAGGUCGUGACCUUUUUACGCCUUCUGAGACAAAACUCAAUACCGAAUUUCCCAAAUUAUUUGCCGAAGGAAUAACGCCAGGGUUGACUGAGCUCGUCAGCCAGGGUAUAGUCAAUGCGCAGAAAGAUGAAAAUGGGCGUAUCUUCUACACAACUGAACUCCGUCUUCGGUCUAGAGGCGGUGAUUAUCGUUGGCAUCUUGUUCGACUCGUAAAAGUUGAAGCAAGCAACUUUGGAGAUGGUGAGGCAUCGUGGUAUGGCACAUGCACAGACAUAAACGACAGGAAGAUUUUGGAACGCGAAUUGAACAAGGCGAUGCAGAAGUUGAACCGAGAAAUGGAGUCUAAAUCCAAGUUCUUCAGCAAUAUGUCGCAUGAAAUCAGGACACCACUGAACGGUAUACUUGGAACAAUUCCGUUUAUUCUCGACACACAACUAGACAACGAACAGCGUCGCAUGCUGGAUACCAUCCAGAAUAGUUCUACUAACCUUCGCGAACUAGUUGACAAUAUUCUGGACGUCUCACGGGUUGAAGCUGGAAAAAUGAAUAUCAUCAAGUCUUGGUUCCACCUGCGCUCUGUUCUCGAAGACGUCAUUGAUACUAUCUCUUCCAGAGCUAUCGACAAGGGCUUGGAAAUCAAUUAUCUCAUGGACACUGAUGUUCCUGAUAUGGUUGUUGGAGAUAGGUUCCGUAUCAGACAGGUGCUCAUCAAUCUUAUGGGCAAUGCGGUCAAAUUCACCAGUCAGGGAGAGAUAUAUACGCGAUGCUCGGUCCAUCGGCAACAUCAAGUUCCUCUCAAGGACACAGAGCUGUUCCUUAACUUCGAGGUUGUCGAUACUGGUAAAGGGUUUAGUGCUGCAGAUGCCGAAAGAUUAAUGCAAAGAUUCAGUCAGCUUGGAGGAAACGCGUCCCAGCAAAAUGCGGGUAGUGGGCUUGGGCUUUUCUUGUCUAAGCAAUUGGUCGAAAUGCAUGGUGGUAAAUUAACGCCUAGCAGCAGAGAAGGACAAGGUGCCAAGUUUUCAUUUUACAUCAAAGUCGAUGCACCUCCUCAGGUACCAGACCCUUCAUUGACACGACAGCCGUCUGAUAUAUCCGAUGCCCCGACAGCCACAUCAUCUCAAGGAAGCACACAACUGCGGAUACCUUUGUUGUCAAAGAGUUCCUCCGACUCGAGGAUUCUAACUCUUCAAGACCUAUCUCCUGCUCUUGAUGCCUCGCCUUUGAUAGAAGUUCCUAGUAGUGUGGAUACCUUCUCUCUACGCUCUGGGUUAAAUUACCGGUCAGAUUCUUCAGCAGCUUCGGCAAUCCCAACUCCUGAUCUCCUUGCUCCCAUCGAGACAGCUGGAAAAGUAAACCCUUCCGGAUUGAUGCAAACUUCUGAAGGCAACGAAACCGUAUUACAAACUACGCCUACCGUGGAGAAAGUAUUAGGAUCUAGCUAUCUUCCCCCGGUUAUCUAUUCGGUUCUGAUUAUAUGUCCUCUCGAUCAUGCACGAGAAGCUGUCAGGCAGCAUAUUGAACAAGUCAUCCCGUUGGAAGUUCCUGCAACUUCAACCGCGUUGUCUGACAUAGAAGAUUGGAAGGAUCUCAAAGAGACCAGCGCCCCUUUGAUAUUCUCUCAUAUUGUCCUGGAUUUCCCAGGGACGGAUGAGGUUGUGGAAGCUUUACAGCAUGUGCCAGCCGCUUACGUCAAAAUGAAGCCGUCAAUAGUUAUCAUUUGUGACCUGUUCCAGAAGCGGCAGAUCAGCAACAAAAUUGAAGAAUUAAUUUCAUCUGGCUUCAAAGUUGUUACCAUACCCAAGCCCGUCAAGCCUUCCGCCUUCUCCAGCAUCUUUGACCCAGACAGUAGGCGUGAUCUGAGCAAGGACCGCAAUCAGGAUAUGGCACGGGAAGUUAACAACAACUUCAAAACGAUGACCAAGAUGGUCAAGGAAGUUAUUGGAAAUAAGGGUUAUCGCAUUUUGUUGGUUGAGGAUGAUGAGACGAAUCGUGGUGUCAUGUUGAAAUAUCUGGACAAAGUAAAGGUGGUCUCAGAGACUGCUGGUCAUGGACAAGAAUGUUUAGAUAUGGUCUUCUCGCAUGAACCAGGAUACUACUCGUUGAUUAUUUGUGAUAUCCAAAUGCCAAUCAAGAAUGGAUACGACACCUGUCGGGAAAUUCGAGCUUGGGAAGCCAAGAACCACUUCCAUCAAAUACCAAUCAUGGCAUUAUCGGCCAAUGCCAUGACUGAUCAAAUCGACGUCGCAGCUCGGGCUGGCUUUAACGAUUACGUCACCAAGCCUAUCAAGCACAAUGAACUCGGCAAGAUGAUGAUGACUCUUCUUGACCCCAAUACGCCUCAGACUCUUUUGCAAGAUCGCAAGGAUUGGCAGCAACAAAAAUCCUAA